AUUACGUGCAUAAUGUCAUUUAAUUUUUUAUAUUGUUUAUGUUUAUCCACCGCGUUGUCUAUUCAGUUCAAAGUUUACUUAUUAAUUCCCUAAAACACACAGUCGUUACUUGUGCAACGCCUUUUGAAAUCCGAAGAAUGUCCUAAGUCCUGAUGACACGGACUGAAUUCUAAUCGUAAUACGGUUUGAUAUAAAAGCGUGGAGGAUCGCCUCAUGUCAACAGUCAUUUCGAAGUUUUCGACACGGGCAACAUGAAGUUCCAAGCAGUCCUUUUCGCCGCUUCUCUGGCUAUCGCGAGUGGGGGAGUCGUCGUCCCUGCUUAUUACUCGUCCGCUUAUUACUCACCGUAUGCUGCUGCACCGUUCGUAGCAGCUCCUGCUGCAUACGUGGCCGCCCCGAAUCCGGUCGUGGCACGCGCGUCAAGAGUUGUCGGAGUGCCCGGUUUCGCCGCCCGUUAUACUUCCUACGUCGCCCCGAGCGUAGUCGCACAGUACCCUGCUGUAGUCGCCGAGCCGGCUCGGUUAGCCGUCGCACCUGUUGCUGCCGCCGCCCCGUUGCCCGGUCCUGCUAGGCUCGCGGCAGUCUCCCCAGUCGCCCCGCUGCCCAGUCCAGCGCGAUUUACAGCAGUCGCACCGUUGCCCAGUCAACCGAGAUUCGCAGCUGUUGCACCGGUUUCGGGCCCAGCGAGGGUAACCGCUGUCGCUUCAGCAGCUCCGGUCGGUUCUGCAGAAAACGCCAGAACCGCUCCAGCACGAGUCGUGGGCCAGACCGCAGCCAGGAACACCGUUGUGUAAUCAAUUAUAUUAAUUGAAAU